UAGUGAGGCGUUGGAGUAUUUGGGUUCUGCUGCUCAGAUUUAUGGAUUAUUUCGCUAACUGACUAUUUGCUGCUGACUAGCGUUUCGGUCGCUUGCGGUCUGAAUGAAUAACGGGUAUCUGACUAUUGACUAACAGUCUGAAAAGCGAACGAGUUACAGCGUAGUGUGCUUCAAGCUUUGUGUGUCUGGCUUUUCCAAUGAAUUCUGCGGAUGCCAUUGAGAGGCAUAGAAGCACACACCCUGCAGAGGCUCAAUGAGUAAUGAACCCUUUUUGGAGCAUGUCUACAAACACCGGUCGUAAGAGAUCUGACAGUGAGGAGCAGGGUGGUCCAGGCGAGCAGAAAGCCAGCCCCGUUCGUCCUUCCUUUGGGAAGAAGCAGUUGCCUUCCAUCCCUAAAAAUGCAGUGCCCAUCACUAAACCAUCGUCACCAGCUUCUGCUGCUCAAGCCACCAAUGGCACACAUGCCUCCUAUGGACCCUUUUACCUGGAGUAUUCCCUGCUCGCUGAGUUUACGCUGGUGAUCAAGCAGAAACUCCCGGGUAUCUACGUUCAGCCCUCCUACAGAUCAGCCUUGAUGUGGUUUGGUGUGAUUUUCAUUCGCCAUGGCUUGUAUCAGGACGGCGUUUUUAAAUUCACAGUGUAUAUUCCUGAUAACUACCCAGAUGGAGAAUGUCCUAGAGUGGUGUUUGAUAUCCCAGUCUUUCAUCCACUGGUGGACCCUGUUUCUGGAGAGCUAGAUGUGAGGAGAGUUUUCACCAAGUGGAGACGGAACCAUAACCACAUCUGGCAAGUGCUAAUGUAUGCACGCACAGUCUUCUACAAGAUUAACACCAUGGAACCACUCAACCCAGAGGCUGCUGUUCUAUAUGACAAGGACAUUCAGCUCUUCAAAAGUAAAGUGGUUGACAGUGUGAAACUAUGCAACAGCCACCUUUUUGACCAACCCAAGAUAGAUGAUCCAUAUGCAAUAAGCUUCUCUCCAUGGAACCCAGCUGUACAUGAAGAGGCAAAAGAGAAGAUGUUCACACACAAAAGACGGCCUGAGGAUCUCCCAAAAGGGCUGCAGGUGUCGGGACUGUCUUGGGUGAAACCUGGAUCCACACAGCCAUUCAGCAAAGAGGAGUACCCCCUGCAGACUUGAGCCUGUAGUUCCAGUUGCUGGUCACCGUAGGGGUUGCUGAGCUACAUUCACGCCACUCGCACUUCGUGGCUUGCCCCCUCAUAUCUGAGACUCGAAGCAGUUCCAUGGACUUCUCAUUUUGCAAAACCCACUUGCUCAGCUUUAAAUGAAUUUAUUCUAGACCUCUGCUGAAACAGCUUUAGAUCUUGAAAACAAGCUUGUGCUUCUCUGGUAUAGACCUGAGUGGAUGUUGUAGUCCUCAUGCCAAGGCAGAAAUGCAAUCAAAUUGCAUAGAGCUUGUUUUCUUUAGACAACAUUAUGACUUGCACAUGUACUAUUUGCUUUUCUUUUAUAUUUUCGUAAGGCGCAACAGACCACCUCACAAUAUUGUGGAAGGGUUUUGUUUUUGUUUUUUUUUUUUUGUAGAAACAAUGGUUCUUUGCAGUAAAAUUCAUAAAGAAUGUUCAGGUGGCUUUAAAUUGAGCGGCAUUGUGGCUUAUAACAGUUUUAAUUGCUAGGUUCGUGAAGAUCCAAGCCUUUUCUUUUACCAGUGAAAGGUUAAGACAUCAUAUUAAUUCUUUAGUCUCUUUAAUCUCUGAAAACUAUCAAUAGAACUUGUAAUCACGAUAUCUGAUCUAAUGGUAAGACCAUACUAGGUCUGGUGCUUGCCAUAAGUUGGUGGAACACAAAGCUUGGAUCCAAACUUGGGUUUCCUGAAGAUUUUAUGGGUUAAAACUGGGCGUUUCAUUUUCGCAAUGGUUUUUGUAAACAUGCACUUGCAUACUGUCAAAUCGUUAAUUUUAUUCUGAUCCAGACUUUUUUUUUGAACUGAGGAACUGGUUAACACUACUUUAUUUUUGAGUGCUUUGGGGUUUGUCUUGUUUUAUUAUUUUUUUGUGGGUUCCUUUUAUUUGUCCUCCUUUGUGUAAUAAAGCAUACUGUGUAUUAAAUAGUUUUAAUAUAUAUUACAGAUUAAGGGGAAUACCAUUUUUAAUGAAGACAAUAAGUUAUACAGAAUUUCUCUCUUCAGAAUUUGUUUGGAAUUUCAGUGAAUGGCUGAAGGUAUUUCAUAUGUAAAUAGUGAAGUUUUUUGUGGAAAUGGAAAGCCUCCCCAUCAGAGGUUAACUAAAAACCACUGAUUUAUUUAUAUAUGAAUAUAAAAUGGUGAAAUCUUUAAGAUUUUUUUUUUUCCCCUGAGAAUUUCAGAAGAUGGUGUGUGUGUGAUACGGUUUGUUCACCUCCUCUCUCACCUUCUCCUCUCCCAUCAUCCCCUUCUCACUGACAUGAAGAUAGGACUGUGUGAACAGUGAGUUUAAAUAUGCUGUUAUCUUAAAGCCAAUAAAUUUGAAAUUACAGUUUUGUAGGUUUGGGAGUGUAAAAUUGCGCCAUGUACACAAAAUGGACUAAACUCUAGUGGUCCCUUCAAAUAUAUAGAAUUUUAUAAUAUAAACCGCUUUCAUUUUGCUCCAUGUUUAUCAGUUCUUGGCUAGAAUUUCCUGAUAGCUCGUCUUUGAGCCCCUGAUAACUGAAUGUAGAUCAUUUUGGGGUUUUUUCUAUUUUUUCUGCAGUCAUCAGAAUAGUCUUUAAGAAUGAUGCCUUUUUAGAUGAGUGUGAAGUGGUGAGGCCUCAACUUUAUGAAGUUUGUGGGUAUGAAUUUGUUAGUGUGGAAACCGAUUAAAUACUCAAAUCAAA